UUCCUCAGAGCUGCUCAAAUUUCCCCAAACUCAUUUCUUUGUCCCGGUUGGAACACGGACGUCUCCCCUCUGUGUUUAAGUCGUCUCUCGCUACCAUGCAGAUGUUUCGAAGUGUCCCGUUAUUUCUUCUCGUCGCAGUCGUUUGCUGUCAUGCCGAGGAGGGGAAGAGCAAAUCCAAGGUGUGUGCUAAUGUGUUCUGUGGUGCUGGCAGGGAGUGUGCUGUGACAGAGAAGGGGGAACCUUCCUGCCUGUGCAUCGAGCAAUGCAAACCUCACAAGCGCUCCGUGUGUGGCAGUAAUGGUAAGACCUACCGUAACCACUGUGAGCUCCACCGCGAUGCCUGCCUGACCGGCCUCAAGAUCCAGGUACACCAUGACGGGCACUGCCAAGAGAAAAAGACGGACAAGGCCAUUGCAGCCAGCCCAAUCGUGUGCUACCUGAGUGACAGGAACGAGCUACGCAGCAGGGUCAUCCAGUGGCUGCAGAACGAGGUGGUCCCUGGGGGCUGGUUUGUCAAGGGCUCCAACUUCUCAGAGAUCCUGCUGAAGUACUUCAAGGACUAUGACAAUGGAGACUCUCAACUCGACUCAGCUGAGUUCCUCAAGUUCCUCCAGCACAACGAAACAGCCAUCAACAUAACCUCCUAUGCUGAUGAGGAGAAUAAUCGCCUGCUCAGGAGCCUGUGUGUGGAUGCCCUUAUCGAGCUCUCAGAUGAGAACGCUGACUGGAAGUUGAACUUCGAUGAGUUCCUCAACUGCCUCAAGCCUGGCUAUAACCCACCAGAGAGGAAGUGUGCUCUGGAGGACGAGACAUAUGAGGACGGAGCAGAGACCCAGGUUGAGUGCAACCGCUGUGUCUGUGCCUGCGGAAAUUGGGUGUGUACAGCUGUGACCUGCGAAGGUACAAACAAAGUGCCUGCUGUGGAGGCGACGGAAGGAGCAGACCAGGAGAUGACAGAGGAGGAGUGGACACUGAGAGUGGCUGAGCUCAACAAGCACCAGGAAACUGUGGAGAAAAUGAAGGCGAGCACUAAGGAAAUUUAAGGAAAGGUCAGACAGAGAAAAGCCUCCUUCAGUCCUACCUACAACAAACAUCAUCAGGCUGAAUCCUUGGAGCACCUACUGUCACUAAAGUAAUGCAUCCUUGUUGUUUUUAUUUUUAUAUUACUUUUGUACUGUACCUAUAUCUAUUUUAAUAUUUUUGUAAAGAGGGGAGAAGUAGGAUUGUGUAUACCUCCAAAGUCAGUUAUUUGAUUUGAUUGUAACAAUCCCAAUAAUCAAAUAUCUCUCAGUCACCUAGUGGCAGGUUGAUAUUUUUAUUAUUUUUAAUAAAAUUUUUGUUGCUAUUUCUUUUAGUCAAAUUGGCUUCUCUAUACGAGAGAAGAGUGUGAAUUGCAGCAUUGGCUUAUAUGUACAAGAAAAUUAUGUGAAUUGAAGCAGUUAAGAAAGCAAAACUGGUGAAGUAGGCCAGCUAUGUUUUACGGGAACCAACUGAUAUGAAUGCCAUAUCACAUAGCACCCACAUCACAGAGCAUUGAAAUAAGCCCGCCAGUCUCUGGAUGUAAAAUUCAGUAAGAAGCCUUAGCAUGCCAGGUGCAUUUAUUACAUUGGAUGUUGUUUUUUUUUACACCUGUUGAUUUUAUAUUGCCAGUAAAUGACACCACACAAGGCCGGCAUAUCAAAGGUGAAAACAAAUAGCUGAAUAGUAAAUGUGCCUGAAUAAGAUUAAGUGUGAUUACAUUUGCCUGAUACUACUCAUAUCAUAAGAAAUAUAUACAAUAAAACCUGUUGGCCAACAACAUGUGAUGGUGAUCCUACAGUAAGAUUAGAUGUGUUCAAGGUUGACUGGUUUUAAAGGGUUCGAUCUAUGGACUGUAACUAAACUGACAGUGUAAUGAGACAAUGCAAUGGUUCAAUUUGUAGCCAGCAGUGGAAAUGUUCAUUGGAUUGUGAAGUAAAACUAAACAAUUAAAGAAGGAUUCAGGCUACCAAAGUACAUAAAUGGUGCUUGUUUUAAUCAGUACUACAUUCUUAGGCAAGCUUGUUUCUUAAACCAGCAAUAAACUGAAUACAUUUUAGAAUGUUUAGGGGGAAUAUUUCAAGGACAAUGACUAUUGUGGUUUAGACUAAGUGGAUAAAAUGUACUUUGGGAUUUUAUAAUGCACAGAUUAGUAAUAGCCUUCUUAUGUGUUCUGGUGCUAUAUAUGUCUUUCCUACUUAUUUAAAACAUAUUUAGUUUGGUUUAUCUGAGACUUACAGGUAUGCUUGAUUUGCCAAUAGUAUUGUCUUUAAUUUGAUUGAUGAUAUCUCUUUUGCAAGUUGAUUCAUGCGGGUCUCGUAUGUAGGUAAUUUCAUUUAAUGAAUUUAUCUGGCAGAAGGAUUGGGGAAAAAACUCUUAAAAUACACUGAAAGGUCCAGUGCAGUCAACCUUUUUGUUUUUGUCUGCAUUUUAAAUCCUAUCCUACAACAGCAGAUCGAACUAACACUGUAAAGAUAUUUAAAAUGUUGAUAAAUGUUAUUUCCUGUUAUUUGCUGGUUGAAAAUGUGAUCUUUACAUAAUCUUCUAAUAACCAGGCUUGCAUGGGCAGGAAUUUUGUCUUGCUUGGUGGUUAAUAGAUAAUAACAAAGACAGUUUCAAACCCUCUCUGCCAAUAACAGCUUGAGGUGAGUUCCACCUCCCCACUCACACCACUCCCAGACAGUCUUAGCCAAGCUCUUGCUUGAUAAAUAGUUUUGUGCAAAAAAAAUAUUUUGCCAGUUUAAUGGAUAUUUCUUAUAGUAAGGUACAUAACCUUUUUCCAAACUUUAUUUUAUACUGAUGUAAAAAUGGCUGAGUUUGGCCAUUAAAGGGUAUGCACAGCAAAAUCUGCACUUACUGAAUUUAAUAAACAUUUGAACUAAGCAAGGUGUAAUUAGUAUCCCCAAAGUAUGAAAAAUAAAUUGCUGCAUCUGUAGAGCCUUGUCUGAAAGCCCAGUCACGUGACUUGAGCCUGAAUCACUCAGAUUUAAUUUUGUGUUUCAGUGAGAGAGUCUGGCUUCCGCAAAACCUGUUUUUUACAUACUAAUUGACAACUGUGACCUAACAAAUCAAAACGUAACAACUGAAUGAUAUUUCUGGAUUAUUGUUUAUUGAACUGAAGUGAAACUAAAAUCACUGUCCAUGUGCUUUAAGAAGGUAUUACUGAAACCAAAGCUCAAAUGUAAUAUAGCAUACAGUUUAGUUUGUGUAGUAAUUUCUAGAAAGAAUGUUCAGGGCAUAAACUAGAACGAUCCUUCCUUUGUUAAAAAAUGUUUUUUAACAUUUUUGUUCUGUUUGUUUGUUAAUAUUUUAAUGUGGGGGAUCUCACUUCAACAUCUUUAUUUUGUGCGGCAUUCAGUGCCUUAAAUAUUCACUAAAGGACAACAUGCUGUCAUUCUUCAGAGAGCUGUGGCUGUCACUAUGAACUUGUGUCAAAUGUAUGGUGUGAUUGAAGUAGAUAGCCUUUGUCUGUUUUGUUUUUUUAUAUAGUCUCACUGUUAUAAAAAUACAAGCUCACUUUUUUUUCUGUUACAGUAUAGACUUAUUAACACAUUUACUCUCUGUUAUGAGUAUUUAGGCUGGUAUACUGGCUCAAAGCAAGCAAGUAUGCUGGCCUUAGACAUGCCAAUAAAUUUAAUGUAAUGGGA